AGACUUGGAUCUUCUACGACGCAGAGUUCUGGACGAACCCCGAGAAGUUUUCCGCACACUGAGCAGAAGGUAUGAAAAAUGACAAUCAUGUGAGAAAGUGGAUCUACUGGUGAUCAUGAUGUGCCAAAGAUGCAAUGACAACUUACCCGUGCCAGUUCUCUUUCAAGCAGCCUAGUUUUGGCUUGGUGCCUGUAUCCAGAGACGUUCGCGGCAGCGUCCUUAACGUCUCAGAGACUCUCGUGGGUGCUGGAACGCUGCAGGAAGUAAGAACACCAUCUCUGCGACACUAAGGUUUGCUCGGGACAGUUUUGACCCUAAACUAAGUGGCUCUAAGCUUCUCAUCCUGUCUAAAGACACAACUCUGUUUAUCUUUGUUUAAACCUCCUACCCACCAGCUUUUCCACACACAAAAGCUAAAGACAUAUCACAAUAAGAAAGGUCUAUACUCUAUGCUACUGUAGUGUGUGGACUGAACAUGGGUCAGAGUGACUUUUGCCCAGGGUCAGACACCUGGUUCUUACCUCUCAGCAUCAACCUGCAGUUUUUUAAACACUGUCUGCAGAGUCUCCUCCUCGCAGUCCUUCCCUGCUGCCUCCAUGUUGGGAGGAGGCUGCUCCGACUAGCCACCCAGCUGGAACACACAUUAUACAGAUAAAAACACAUUUCUUUCAUAUUUGGAGGGAAUAUUUACCAGCGGUUAAUAGGCUGCUCUGUUAAGUCGGUGUGCGGCUCUGUUUAUAUCAAGAGGUGCUUCAUCGAUCCCAUGAUGGUUUUCAGGUUACUUUUAAGAGAUCCGGACAGAUCACAUGGGGGUAACAUUUGAGCACACAUUUUUUAGAGCUAAAUUACUCAUAAAUGGAUGAACGCUGUUUAACCUAACUCUUGAUGCAUGGAUUACUGUUUCAUGGUUCCUUUAAGGCAUUCUAACAUUUAAGGUGAAAUUUCAGAAAACCACACACACACAAAAUGUACUAACAAGUUGCUGUCUGACAGGAUAUACUAAACACGUGUGAAGUCCACAGAGUUCCCAUUCAUGUUUGUUGAACUUUUUCUUCAAUUGAAUAUCAGCUCCAAAAUCCACCUCAGUGACUAACGACAGUGUCACAGUGUGUCGUUUCUCACUUUUUUUGUAAAAUGUCCAGUCCAGUGAAUUCAGUCUCAUUUUAUUUGUGCUGUGUGUUGGUUCAGUUCCCUGCCCUCACAAGACCCCUUUCAUACUAAUCCUUCCCUUGAUCUCCAACUCGGACAACAACGACUAGUGCGAGUCAUCGCUGAAAUAAAACUUGAGGGAAACGGUGGCGCUCCCCGUUGGACCAAUCACAGCCCGCCAACUGGACGUUGCCCCCGGAAGCUACGGGAUUGUCCAAUCACCGACGCCCUUUGCGGUGACGCAGCCCGGGAAACUCUCAGUCAAAUGUGCCGGCGUCCCGAGUGCAGCAACAGUGCGAAGGAGGUCCGACGUCUUUACUGAGCUGCUGAACCCUUUCUGGCAGAAUGUGGCGCGUGAGUUUUUUUUCGAUGGCUCUGGCCCUCAGUCUCGUACCCGGGACUGCCGCGGCUCUGAAAGAGGGCGAAUGUGAAGUGUGCGUCACCUUCCUCGGGAAGUUCUACGAGUCGCUGAAGGAGGACGGUGUCAAAUUUAGCAGUGACGACAUCGAGAAGGCGCUCGUGAAGAGCUGCAGGGACGCCACGGGCAAAGACUACCGAUUCUGUGAACACAUCGGAGCGACGACCCAACCACCCAGCAGAAUGAUCGAAAUGGUGACAGUCCGGCUCACCUACCACACUCCAGUGAAGAGCAUCUGUGCGAGGCUGAAGGAUAUCUACGUUGGGAUCUGCAACCUCAAAUACACUACUACUUCCUCUUCCUCCCUCUAAACAGCAGGGCUGCUGCAGUUGAGUCCUCUGAUCUGCAGACCUGCUCGGUGCUGCUGAGAGACGCGACCAGCGCAACAUUUCAUCAUCCCUGACGGUUGUUCUGUUGGAACUGAUUGAAGAAAAAUAGUUUCUAACUCUGACAUCUGUGUCCACAGUCAACUCGAAAUAAACGUGUGAACGGUCUGAUCGCUGUUUGUCUGC